GUUCCGACAGUACACUUUGUACUUCUGCCUGAUUUCUUUCCUAAUAACAAUUCCCUGCCUCGCAUUGCCUUUCCGUUUACCAUUAAUGCAUAUUAUCAUAUACUAGCAUACCGGCCGGUUUAACCGUGCAGUGACCUUUAAUUACUUUGCUCUGCCACAUUUAUCAUGUAACAAACUGGUCCGUGUCGACUGAGAAGUACCUGUGGUUACUUCAGCUGUCAGUUAUUAUUUGUAAUAUUGUUUUCUUUUCUUGAUGUACGAUGCUUUAAUACGACGAUACCAUCAUCCCUUCACAGCGGCUGCCGCUGCCACUGCCGUUUGUACUACGCCACAUUCGAGCAGCGUGAUUUUCCAAACGCUAGCAAGCCGUAACCGGAAACUGAUGUUCCCGCGCGCUUUUCGAUUUUGUCGUUCGCAGUACCAGACUAGCACGUUCCGUCGUGAGUAUACUUGAGAACUGCCCUUUUAAAAAUUUAAUGGCGAUAAUCCUAGUGCAGUACUUCCGAUAACUUUGUUCUUAUAUAAAUGCUCGAGUUUUAAAUAAAAUUGUCUCUUGAAAACGACUAUAUGGCGUGUGAUAUUGGUGCAUCAGCUGCUAAUUCAGUUCUCAGAGAUCUGCCUUCAUAAAAAUAAUUUGCACUGCGCUUUUAAUUAUCUCAUAAAAUUUCUGCCGAACUGUGCAGUUAAAAAAAUUGGAGUUGAAAAAUGUUUCUUUUGUUCUCGAAUAACCGGAUAUUUCUCGAUAUGCCUGGCCGUAUUGUUUUUUAUUUAAAGAACACUGUUCACUGAUUGCGUCAUGAAACAAGAAAGAUCAUUCGUGUAACUGUUUUCUAAUUUCGCUUUGCUGUUUCAUGGUAAAAAAAAGUUCUUACAUUUCGAAUAUUCCCAUGAAGGUUGAUUGGAUUAAAUUUACGUCGAUGCCGCAUCAGCGCUUUCGAAAGCGAUAGCUCGAUAUUACGACAUUCUUUACUUGACAGCAUGUGUCGGUUACGAUAUUUCUGUUGGACAAUCGAACUACCAGUUCUCUGCUUAUGAAAUUUAAUAUUUCGUUGGCAAGAUAAAUAGUUCGUUUCUGAUGUUUUUGGUGACCUUUGUUUUCGGAAAAUAAUAUACUUUACUUUUGUUGUUUAUCGAUUUGUGGUUGAUCUUAUCCUGUUUUGACUCGUUGAAUCAGUAAAUGUUUGCAUGCCGGGGCUAUGCCCUACCCAAAAUCUGGAACUGCCGAACCCAGUUACACUUUUUCUCAUUGUUGGAAAAUUUCAGAGAUUACUGGGCUUGUUUACUGAUUACCGAUUCGAUAAGAGUAUUCUUCUUUGACCAAUACCAUCUUUUGUUACUAGUCCCUAACCGAAUCUAGUUCAACGUUCCUGGCCGUUUCUAAAAUAGCUUCGAAUCUAUCUGAUUAAUCAGACUUGCCGAACCUUAUUACUCAACGCAUUUGUUGGUUGUUAAAUCUUCAGCUUUACUGAAAUGAAUCAGCCCAAAAGAACUGGUAAUUACCCUCCUACUGUACAGUCAGGAGAAGCAGGUCAAAACUUAGUUGAGUCAUUGAGUCAGUCAAAUCAACCAGCUGGAAGUUAUUUGUGGGCGCCUGCAGUUAAUUCCGAAACACCAAGCAUUAUUCCUGUUAAAGAACUGCCUGGGAGUGCCGAAAAUUGUACGAGGAGGGGGUAAAUACACGGGAUAGACAGAAAAAACGGCAAUAACAAGGGAUAACCAUUCACGUGUUGUGCAGCACGGCCAGCCACAAAGGGAAGGCAGUCCAGCGACACUACAUAAAAUUCAGGCUUUGAGACCCGAGCUGCCUUCUCCGUACGCUUCCAUGUUAAACUUAAACACCUGCAUCUUGCACAUUUCAGGACUAAACCGCACAAUCAAUGGCUCAAAAGAACAAGAAAAAAUUAACAAGAUUUUCGAUACCACGCAAACCGUGAUCUAUGAGAAAUAAGACAAGCGAGAGCCAAUUAAGUUUUCCAUAGACAAAGCAUAGGAGCUCCGUGGAAGCAAACCAUCCAACUCCUAUGCUUAGUCUACGAAACUCAAAUGGCUCAAUCUUGCCUCAGUUUUCGUAAGUGGCAAGUUGUUUGGUAUAAAAAAUCUUGAAAAUUUUUCUUGUUCUUUUACGCUAUCGAUUGUGCGGAUUAGUUCUGAAAUGUGCAAGACGAAGGUGGUUGAAUUUAACAUAGAAGUCUACGGAGAAACAGCUCGAGACUGGAGUCUCAACGGCUGUUCUGCACUGUGUUACUGAACUGCCUUCCCUUGGUGGCUGGCCGUGUUGCACAACACGUGAAUGGUUAUCGCUUAUUAUUGCCGUUUUUUCUGUCUAUCCCGUGUAUUUACCCCCUCCUCGUACACAUCCUGCGUACCUCUCUGGCUUGGAUGUUCCCGCAGGAACUGUACAGACUCAACCAGGUGUUCCGCGACGCCGUAGAGUCCAUAACCAACGUUCAGAUGGACCACCCGAUGUGGCUUCAAGCCUCCCUACCCGUCCGCUUUGGCGGUUUGGGGAUCAGACGCACGGAGAAGCUAGCACCCUCUGCCUAUUUGGCAUCGGCUUCCUCGCUGCGCCCACUGGUUUCCAAGUUAUGCCCGACGCUGACUGCUACGGAUGUAACUGCUGCUACGCACGCUUGGAAAGCGCUGGCUAACACGGAUGAACUUCCGCCCGAGGCGCUCCGACACGUCCAAAAAGCUUGGGAUACACCCGCGACUCUACACGCCUUUUCACAACUGACUGCUUUAAAGACGACAAAGGAAGAAGUCGCCCCCCUGAAAGCGGUAUCGGUUCCGGAGGCUGGAGUAUGGAUCCAUGCUCUGCCUGCAGCAUGUCUCGGUAAUCUGCUGGAAAACAACACCUUCCGUAUAAGUGUGGCGCUGCGCUUGGGAGCACCAAUUGUAACACCCCAUGUGUGCGUUUGUGGGGGGUUAGUCGAUGACCUGGGACGACACGGGCUCCGGUGCGAGCGGUCAACCGGAAGACUGCCACGCCACGACGGUAUUAGCGGGGAGUUUGCUCGCGGAUUAAAGACGGCCGGUUUCCCAGCAAGAAUGGAACCGAAAGGUCUAUCCGCGAAAGAUAACAAGAGGCCGGACGUGAUCACACUGGUCCCGUGGGAACGGGGAAAACCGCAGGCAGUGGACGUGACGUGCGUCGAUAUACUCGCAGCCUCGUACAUUGAGCGCACCUUCGCUAAAGUUGGGGCCGCAGCCGAGCAAGCGGAACGAAGGAAACUGGCAAAACAUGCCUGGAUGCAAUCGAGGUAUAAUUUCACCACUGCAGCGUUCGAAAUUUAUGGCCCAUGGAGUGACGGGACUAAACUUCUAGUGCAAAAGGUCGGAAACGGUAUCGUCAUUGCUACAGGCCAGAAACGAGCGAAAGAGUUUUUUAGACACCGGUUAUCUAUCCAAAUGCAACGGGGAAACGCGAUAUGCGUUAUGGGUACAAUCCCCGAGCAGGAUAGCAUUGAAAAAGUGUUUUUGCUUUAAAAUUCGUUUGUUUUAGUACUCAUUUUGUACUUACAUGUGAUACCCAUUAAAGGUUAGUACAUUAAAGUUGAGUCAUUUCUGUUGGCCAUGAAACCUUCAGGAAAACGUUGUAAACGUCGGCAUUCAGUUGCAGUCAUGGACCACGAACUCCUCAAGGACUUAGUCCCAUGUAGCCCGGUCGUCGAUGUACUAGGGCCUGCUACAGUUAUUAAAACUCCGGUUUUGUUAUCAGUGGUUGCCAAAGUUAACAAUUUUUGAAUGAGUACAGUUCUCUUUUAAAUCAACUUAUUGCGCCGUCCAAGCCCAAACGUAAACGCGAAAGCCGUGCUUGUAACUACUGCCACAAGGUUGGUCACCUUUAUUCCGUGUGUUACUUAAACCCACAUAGCCGUAAUUACAGGCCUGUUGAAAAAGGUAAACGUAACACUGCUGACGUUGGUGGUGCACGUCAACAGUCGGCAAGCGGUGAGCAGUCGGCCACGCAAGCCAGAUCACCGUCCCGCUCGGCAAGUGCACCGGGACAGCCACGCUGAUAUUAAUGAGGCUGUUGUAUAUAUGCUUGUACAUAUGCCAAGUUGUAUUGGAUUAUUUACGAAACACUAAAAAAAAUUUUUAUGAGUUUUCCGUUUCUAAAAUAUUGCUGUCUUGCCUUAAUACUGCAUGUGGAUAUGCGUUUAGUGCAUCGUUUUCUAGGAAUGCUAUGACCGUCUAAAAUGCAGUAAAAAAUAACCGUUUUGUUUUAGCUCUUUAACUUUGUGACCUUUUAUUCACUUUUAUUCACUUAUCAUUUGAUUUCAUAAAAUGUUUGGCUUAAAUCAUUGACGCAUCCGACCUAAAGUACAACUGGUUUUUAAACUUACCGUAUGAAGUUUUUUGUCAAAGAGGGGAAGGGAUAAGAGCGACGUACAAGAUUCUGCAAUAAUUAUCUAUCCAGGAAGAAGCACAUCGGCGAAUGAAUUAUCUGAAGCAAUGCACGUGUGCUUUUUAUGUUUUUGAAAAUUUAUUUUGAGGAAAUGCACGUGUGCUUUUUAAGUUUUUAAUAUUUUAUUUUGAGGAACUGCACGUGUGUUUUUGGAAUUUUUAUUGUUGAACUGGCCAGAGAAUAAAUGACUCCGCAAAGCGACGGCACUGGAUAGACACAACUAGUAGGUCAAGGUGACAGAUUGGACGAACAUUGUGCCCAAUGUACAUACUUUAUUCGCAUAGCUAAAAACUACCAGAGUGCGAGUCUGGAUUAACGUUUUUAAUAUGAAACAAAAUCAAUCCCUGUGAACUCUGGAACUGCAGACUAGAAUUUGCUUUGAUUUAAAUUAAAUAUUAAUUAAAAGCUUCAGACCGUUGCGCUGUAGGUGACGUAUAGCUGUAAAUAAUCAUGUGGAUGCAUGGUUAAUGAAAAGGUUGACUUAGUGUUUAAAAAGAAAGUGCACGUUCUUUUUAAAACUUUAGUAUUACCUAGGGGAAGAACUACACACUCGUCCGGAGAGCGUAGUGACCCAGCCGGAAAAAUUAUGAAUUCUUGUAUUAAACCAAAGGCAAAAGCCUCGGGGUCAAGUUAAUGUUUGUUUAGUUGAAAAGAGUAUACUCAGACGGCGAAGCUAUACCAUGGACCGCAGUAAAAGUUGGCAGAAUCUUAAUGAAUCCCCUGUGUACUCUAAUGUGCGAGUAGCGUAUACGCAUAAUUGUGUUUAAUUUUUAAUUUUGACAGCCCGAAACUGAAGAGUUUUCUUAAACUCAAAUUGGUUUAUGUAAGGUUGAAAGAGCCAGAAAAAAAAAGAAUUUUGUCUUGGUGCUCGAUGAGUAAUGCGUUUUUGAUUAUCGGAUAUCCUAAUAAUUGCGUGUUUGAAAAUACCAUAUUUUAUUGCCUUUAUUUGUGCUGUUUUGAUUGGUUAUUUUCUUUUCCGGUAUGGUAUUUGUAUAUGUUUGUUAAGUGUUUUCUGCAGCAUUGGUGUUCCGCGAAACGCGAUGUUUUUGAAAAGCCUCCGAAAUUACUGCAGCCCGCCCGCAGAUUUGAACCCUCAUCGGCAUGAAGUCCAACGUAAUGUACGAAUACCAGUAAUGGACUGGAUGAAUCCUGCUGCAAGUUGGUUGCACCAAAGAACAGUUGGAUGAAGCACGCGACCGAUCGUUUCGGUACAGCUACAGACACUGGCCCCUUUGAUAACGGACGACCAUUAACCAACAGCUCAGUAUAAUGGCUUAGCAUUAUCCUUGUUUUACCGCUCAUGUAAAGUCAGCCAGCAAAUAAAUUAAAAUUAAAAAAAAAUAUUGCCCUAAAAGUUCAAAAAAUUCUCUUUUAUUUUGAUUGUUCGUCUAUUUUGCGUAAUAAAUUUUUGUCUAUUUUGUUUUUUUUUAAAUUGAAGUUAAGUCAGGUUCUUUCAUUACUUAUAGGCAGGUUAAAAAUCGUCAGGAUUAUUGUAUUAAAUUUUCCUAAUACAAAAAGAUCGCUUUAUUUCUGAAGGAAAAUUUAUCAAAAAUACCGGUCAGGAAAUUUUGUUCGACAAUUGUCAGAUUUUAAUUCACAUUUAAAAAAUGUUCUAGGAGAUAAACCCAGUUCUGUCCCUGAGUACCCAGUUAUAGCAAGAUUCGCUGCAGAGAACUUAUAAAAGUUCGCUAUCAUAAGUUUUGGGUCGCUGAAUUUUAUUGGUCAUGCCAGUUGUACAAGGUUGCGUACGUGAUCAUAUCGUGAUCUGCCUUACAGCCAUAAUUUACGAAUGGUGUUUUCCUAAAUAAAGGGCAGUCUUGUUUUUCUGAGGCAAAAUAAAUUUUCGAGAUUUUUAAGCAAUUGCAGAAUAUGCUGGUGCAGCAGUUUGCUACCAUCAAGGCGCGUCCAAUCGCUCGUAUGUUUGAAAGGAAAAGAAAAUAAUUUAAAAACAAAUAGGAUAGACCAAUUGGUCGAUAAAGAAAAUUUCAGGAUAAAUUAUAUCAGUCUGUCCCACGUUAUUGUCCGUCUUGUAGUCCGUGUUCAGUGUGCCGAUGACACAAUACUUCGUUAAGAAGUGUGAGGUUGUACCAUGUCGCUGUGCCGAUGACGCGAUGCUCUUUCACGGAGCGCGAGGCUGUGCCGUGUUGAAUGUUUCCCGAUGACUGAUAUUUUAAAAAAUUACGGAAAAAAAUUAUUUGUAAAUUGUCGUGAAAAUUCCUUCUACAGGGAAGGAGAGACAUACGUAAAAAGACCAGGUGGCAAACGAUGUUUGAAACCAGCAAACGAAUAUCGAAUUUUCAUAAAACGUUUUUGCCUCAGAAGGGAAGAUUUUCCGGUUAUUUUCGAGAAUGCGGUGUGUUACUUGUGGUUUUGUUGUAUGGUUAACCGCUGAUCAAAGUUCAAGUUCAAGUUCGACCGAAUGAUAUCAUCGAUGGAAUAGCAUUUAUUACAAAAAUGAGUCAGGGAAUUUAAAAUCCAAAAUAUUUAUAAACGAGAAACUUAGUUUAUUCCGAUUUUCGACAAAAUUUCCAAAAAAAAUGAAACACAUUUACUCCGCUAUACCAUGGACCGCAGUAAAAGUUGGCAGAAUCUUAAUGAAUCCCUUGUGUACUCUAAUGUGCGAGUAGCGUAUACGCAUAAUUGUGUUUAAUUUUUAAUUUUGACAGCCCGAAACUGAAGAGUUUUCUUAAACUCAAAUUGGUUUAUGUAAGGUUGAAAGAGCCAGAAAAAAAAAGAAUUCUGUCUUGGUGCUCGAUGAGUAAUGCGUUUUUGAUUAUCGGAUAUCCUAAUAACUGCGUGUUUGAAAAAACCAUAUUUUAUUGCCUUUAUUUGUGCUGUUUUGAUUGGUUAUUUUCUUUUCCGGUAUGGUAUUUGUAUAUGUUUGUUAAGUGUUUUCUGCAGCAUUGGUGUUCCGCGAAACGCGAUGUUUUUGAAAAGCGUAAUUAAAGGUCAUCAUGUAACAGUUUCUUAGGUUUCUUAGGUUUAUUCUUAGGUUAUCUUAGGUUUCUCAGGUUUCCUAGGUUUCUUAGGUUUCUUGGGUUUCCUAGGUUUCUUCGGUUUCUUCGGUUUCUGUCACGACUUGAAGGUGGCGGAAUAAUGUAUUUAUUAUGAACCGCCACUGAGGGCGCAAACAACCAACUGAUUGUUGUCAUCAGGACAACAAUGGCACUCUGCAACCGCAGUUGCCAUGCUGGACAACACACCACAUAGAGGUCACAGCGGACACAACGUUCUCGUGACGUCAGUGCCACUGCAC